CAGUGCAUUUCUGCUUCUUCAUCCAACUGCUUUUUCUAUUUUCUAGCGCACACGCUGCUUCAAUGUGAAGCCAUCAACGGCGUUCAUAAACAUGGCUGUGCCCCGCAGAAUAUCGAGAAUUGUUGUCCUCACAGGCAUUGCCGUCUUUGUUUUCCUUCUAAUCCACUACGGUGGCUUCAGCAAUUCGUCCGUCGCCCUGGGAUUCCGAUCAAGACUCGACUGGGAGCCAUCACGGCCCUUCCAUCCACCAGGACCUAUCAAGGCUGUUCCGAAAAGCACGGGCAAACCGCUACGUAAAGUCCAGGCAUCUGCCAGCAGCUUCAAGCACACCGCGGACACGGAGCGCAGGCGCAAUGAGGUUCGCAAGGCGUUCAAGCGCAGUUACGACGCAUAUAAAAAGUACGCAUGGCUGAAGGACGAGGUCACACCUGUCACAUAUAGUGCCAAAAACACAUUUGGAGGAUGGGGUGCCACUCUCGUCGACAGUCUGGACACGCUCUGGAUCAUGGGAUACCACGAGGAAUUCAGAGAGGCCACCGCGGCAGUGGUCAAGUUGGACUGGUCCAACACGGAGGAAACAGCCAUUAACAUAUUUGAGACGACAAUUAGAUAUCUGGGUGGCUUGCUGAGCGCAUACGACCUUAGCAAUGACAUUUUGCUGCUGCGCAAAGCCCACGAGCUCGGUGAUAUUCUGUACCACGGCUUCGACACGCCAAACCGACUGCCGCCAUUCUGGCUGAACUUUGAGGAAGUGAGAACCGGCCAGAUGGUAGCUGGAACAAACGAUGCCUCUGCGUCGCCAGCAUCGCUCUGCAUCGAGCUCACGCGACUCUCGCAAUUGACGGGCGAUCCCAAGUUCUACGACGCAGCGGAUAGAGUCACACGUUUCUUGGAACGGGCGCAAAACACCACAAAGUUACCGGGCAUGUGGCCCAAGAUGCUAGAUUUCCGCAAUGAGGCUGCGACAGGCAGCUCAUUUACGCUCGGUGCAUCAGCCGACUCUCUAUACGAGUAUUUGCCCAAGAUGUACGCCCUGCUGGGUGGCGCAGACGCAUCUUACGAGCAAAUGUACCGCUCGGCAAUGGAUGCUGUAAUCGAGAAGCUUUUAUUCCGUCCCAUGACACCUGAUAACCAGGAUAUUCUAUUUUCGGGAGAAUACAACUCGUAUCGCCCGACUGAGCUCGACCCUGAGAGUCAGCACUUGACGUGCUUUGUGGGCGGCAUGUUUGGCCUCGGCGGCCGCCUGUUUGACAUAGAAAAGCACGUGAAGAUUGGAGAGAAGCUUGCUCGGGGCUGCGGCUGGGCAUACAAAAGCUUCGAGACCGGCAUUAUGCCUGAAAUCUUUAACAUGUUGGCCUGCAAGAAUCCAGAUUCGUGCGAGUGGGACGAAAAAGCAUGGGAGACUGCAGCGUCGUCGACAUCGCCCAAGGGCUUCACCAACAUCCGUGAUGCGCGAUAUCUCUUGCGUCCCGAAGCUAUUGAGAGCAUAUUUAUCCUGUAUCGCAUCACGGGUAAAUCGGAGCUGCGCAAUGUGGCCUGGGAAAUGUUUGAAUCCAUUACAAACGCUACAUACACAGAGAUUGCAUACUCGGCCAUCUCCGACGUAGGAGAGCAGUAUGGCGGUAGGAAGCUCGACUCUAUGGAGAGCUUCUGGACGGCCGAGACACUAAAGUACUUUUAUCUGAUCUUCUCGCCGCCCGACGUGAUUAGCUUGGAUGAAUAUGUCUUUAACACGGAAGCGCAUCCAGUGAGACGGCCAUUGGCUGCUACUGAAAAAACAGAUUAAAAAGUUUUGGUGGUAUUUUUUUGGAAAUAAAAGCUCCCGUUUCUGAGCGUCUCGUCCACGCAUUCAUCUUCACUUAGCUGUGGUUGGAAACGGUUUCCCGCACCUACGUACUCCAAAACCUGUAAUAAAAUAUAAUAAAAAUUUUCAUCUACUAAAACACAACAUCAAUCGCAUAUUAAAUAAAAUAUUGCUAUUUUUCUAGUGCCCUCCUACACUCUACCUCCCCAUCUCCCUUCCGCCCGGCUAAACCUCGCCCCGUCAGGCCCUCCGGCCAA